AGCGUUACCGAACGCGCAACGAGCUAGCUCCCCUUCGUGCCAAAUCGCUAUCGCCGUGCGUGCGUUUGUCCGUUCCCUCUUCCUCCUUGAGCGAUGUUUACUCGGUAAAGCGACGAAACGCGUGCGAGGAUCCUCCGUACGAACGGCACUACGUCGCACGCGACGACCCACCGACCGAGAAGAACGCACGAAGAUACGACCAACCAGAUCAGCACGUCACGACGCACGCAGCGCGAUGUCUACAGAGAGGGCUGCUGCUGCUCGCAAGGCGACGCGACCUAUCGUUCAGUUUUAUUCCUACCCACCACUACCCACCACCGCAACUAAACUGGCUAAAAGCUUACCCACCGUCACAACCAACACCGUCAACCACACCACCACUACUACCACCACCACCAGCAACAACGCCAACCGUCGUCGUCGUCGGUAUCACUGUCACUGUCCCUCAAUGCAAUCCGAUCGGCCGACCGACCUCCGUCUCUCUCCGCCUCACCGUGGUUCGUUCAGCUCGAUCAGCUGAUCGGCUCGCCCGACCGCCCCGCGGCGCUCUCACAUCGACUGCCACGACGCCGCUGCGCGUGCCGCCCCGACGUGUUCGCGACGUGUCGCCGAUCCGUGCAUUCUCGACCGCACCGCGUUAAUUCGGUCUAGCCUAGCGAUCGAGUCGCGCGCGACCACCGGCGAGACCGUUUACACGUGUAACGCGCAGCAGGCCGAACGUAAACAACGCGACGAGACAUGGAAAGUGGCGGCGCCUCGCGGACCUUGCACGUACUACUCACCGGCCCUCCAGGUAUAGGCAAGACUACGGUAUGCAAGAAGGUCGCGUCUAUGUUGGAGAGGAAGGGCGGCAAGUUAGACGGAUUUUACACAGAGGAGGUGCGAGAUCGGAGCGGCGCCAGGAUCGGUUUCGACAUUGUCAGGGUGAAAGAUCCCGAAGGAAGAUUGUCCUUGGCGCGACUGAGAAGCUCAACAGAUGCUCAAAAGGACUCCAAGUAUCACGUGGGAAACUAUAGUGUUUUUCUGAAUAAUUUCGAGUCGGUAGCGCUACCAGUAUUGAAUUCAGAUGCCGAUAUAUUGUUAAUCGACGAGAUCGGCAAAAUGGAGUUGUUCAGCGGAGACUUUAAGAGGAAAGUAAUGGAUAUAUUUUUUGGUACCUCCAAGAAGGCCUUUGUGAUCGGGACUAUUCCGGAACUACACAAAGUGCCGCAACAGCAUGCGACGCUAUUCCAGAAAUUACACGCGGACGAGAGAAUCAAGAUUCUAAACGUGUCCUACCAGAGUCGCAAUAAUCUGCCAGGGGAAAUUAUCCGUCAUUUUUCGUAAAGUCACGUCGAUUAACAUUAUUGCGUGUGAUUUAUCGUGUUGUCGCCUCGUAGACGUUUUGCAUAAAAUGAGAUGCCGAUUUUAUGUACAUUAUAAACAUCAUUUAUUAUUAACAAAAAACAAAAUGUUAGAUCAAAGAAAUCCCUCCAAUCACAAUAGAUUUAUAAAAAAGUUGUCACGAAUAACAAGUAGUGACUGGCUGGAAUAUUGUACUACGUAUUUAUGCUAAGUGUUUCAUAUAUGCUAUAUAUAUAUAUAUAUAUAUAUAUAUAUAUAUAUAUGUAUCUCCGUAAUAAUGAUUUCAUUGAAACCACCGUUGGUCGUUAAAGAAUUAACUACAAGUGUUGCGAUUGUAUUCGCUUUCAG